CCCAUCUUCUCUCCGCCGAGAAGACAGCCACCGUAGAGAGCAGAGAUUGUGUCGGUAGCUAAACCGGAAGACUCUCAAUCCUCUCGCCCUUUUCCUUUUCAUUUUGCUUCGUUCUCUCGCUCGCUUUCCGUCCUCGUCUGUGUCUUUGUGCGUUUUGUUUCUGCGAAGUAAAUCGAUUUUCUUUCAGUUUUCGGUUUUCUGGGAGCGGUUUGUUUGUUUGUUUAUGUGAAUUGGAUCUCGAAGAGUCCGACGGAGGACACUAAAAUAACUUGUAGUCUUCAACACUCCUUUCGUUGAAUCUGAGAGUUUUCAUCUAACAUAUAGUUUUUGUGAGUUUUUGUGCUGGAGAAGGUUUCUUGGUGAAAAUUGUUGGAUUUGGUCUUUGCACAUAGGUAUAGAUCCGGUGGUUAUCUCCUGAAGUUACCGAAUCAGGUGAUCUUCUUGACGUUUCCUCUCGGAUUUCCUUGUUAGAUUCGAGAUCUGUUUUUUCCUUUUUUGGACUGAGCUGAUCGGAUAUUAAUAUUAAUCUAAAGGCAAUUUUAAUUAAGAAUCUGUUAAUCUUGUAAAGAAAACAACGUUCUUCAGCUCUCUGCUUCCCUAAUCGUAUAUACAUCAUAUCCAGAAUGUCGGCGACGUCUGGUUCUGGUUCUGUUGUUCAAAUCCGAAACAACUCUGGUUCGGGUCUUGUCCCUUCUCGGAAGCGCCCUACCUUUGCUCACCAAUUCAAUGUGACUCCUUUGAGUCGCUUCAAUAACAAAUCGAAGGGUUCGAGCUGCUAUGUUUCAAAACGAACUAAUGUUGUUGAGAACAAGUUUUUGGGGACCAGAUUGCGGGGAUGUGGAUCAGAAAGGCUUCAUUUUUGGCAAUCGGAUGGUCCUGGUCGAUCGCCGAAGCUCAGAGUUGUUGUGCGGUCGGCAUUGUCGCAGGUGCCGGAAAAGCCUCUCGGUCUAUAUGAUCCGUCUUUCGAUAAGGAUUCUUGUGGCGUUGGGUUUGUCGCAGAAUUAUCGGGUGAAAGCAGCCGAAAAACGGUGACGGAUGCUGUGGAGAUGCUGGUGCGUAUGUCUCACAGAGGUGCAUGUGGCUGUGAAACAAAUACUGGCGAUGGAGCUGGCAUUCUCGUUGGUCUUCCUCAUGACUUCUUCAAGGAGGUUGCACAGGAUGUUGGGUUUGAGCUACCACCCCCUGGGGAAUAUGCAGUGGGCAUGUUCUUUUUGCCCACAUCUCACACUCGAAGGGAAGAAAGCAAAAAUGUAUUUACAAAGGUUGCGGAAUCUCUUGGGCAUACAGUACUUGGGUGGCGUUCUGUCCCAACAAAUAACUCAGGAUUGGGCAAUUCUGCUUUGCAGACAGAACCUGUUGUUGAACAGGUGUUUCUUACACCUACUCCUCGAUCAAAAGCUGAUUUUGAGCAACAGAUGUACAUACUAAGGAGGGUCUCAAUGGUUGCUAUCAGAGCUGCACUGAACCUCCAACAUGGAGGAGUAAGGGACUUCUAUAUAUGUUCGCUUUCCUCAAGGACUGUUGUUUACAAAGGGCAGUUAAAGCCUGAUCAAGUGAAGGGAUACUACUAUGCAGAUCUUGGCAAUGAAAGGUUUACGAGCUACAUGGCCCUGAUACACUCUAGGUUCUCUACAAACACAUUUCCUAGUUGGGACCGAGCUCAACCCAUGCGUGUAUUGGGCCACAAUGGGGAAAUCAACACACUUCGAGGCAAUGUAAACUGGAUGAAGGCACGUGAGGGUCUAUUGAAGUGCAAGGAACUUGGCCUAUCAAAGAAUGAGAUGAAGAAGCUUCUACCCAUUGUAGAUGCCAGCUCAUCUGAUUCAGGAGCUUUUGAUGGCGUUCUUGAGCUUCUGGUUCGAGCAGGUAGAAGUCUCCCCGAAGCUGUCAUGAUGAUGAUACCUGAAGCAUGGCAAAAUGACAAGAAUAUGGAUCCUGAUCGAAAGGCCUUGUAUGAAUAUUUCUCAGCUCUAAUGGAGCCAUGGGAUGGGCCUGCUCUUAUAUCAUUUACUGAUGGGCGCUAUCUUGGAGCUACAUUGGAUCGCAAUGGAUUGCGUCCUGGUCGGUUUUAUGUAACUCAUAGUGGACGGGUUAUAAUGGCCAGUGAAGUUGGUGUUGUAGACAUUGCUCCUGAAGAUGUGCGCAGAAAAGGAAGACUUAACCCUGGCAUGAUGCUUCUGGUGGAUUUUGAGAAUCAUGUUGUUGUAGAUGAUGAAGCCCUGAAGCAGCAGUAUUCACUAGCUAGACCUUAUGGGGAGUGGCUUAAACGGCAAAAGAUAGAACUAAAGGAUAUUGUGGAAUCUGUUCAUGAAUCUGACAAGGUCUCUCCCACUAUUGCAGGGGUGAUGCCAGCAUCUAACCAAGAUGACAGCAUGGAAAACAUGGGCAUUUAUGGUUUAUUGGCUCCUUUAAAAACUUUUGGUUACACUGUUGAAGCCUUAGAGAUGCUGCUGCUGCCCAUGGCAAAAGAUGGUACUGAGGCCCUUGGUUCAAUGGGAAAUGAUGCUCCAUUGGCUGUGAUGUCAAACAGAGAAAAACUCACAUUUGAGUAUUUCAAACAGAUGUUUGCUCAAGUCACAAACCCUCCUAUUGAUCCAAUCCGUGAGAAGAUAGUCACCUCCAUGGAGUGCAUGAUUGGUCCAGAAGGUGAUCUUACAGAAACCACUGAAGAACAAUGUCAUCGUCUCUCAUUAAAAGGCCCUCUUCUCUCCAUCCAAGAAAUGGAAGCAAUAAAAAAGAUGAACUACAGAGGUUGGCGCAGCAAAGUUCUUGACAUUACUUAUUCUAAAAACCGUGGUAGGAAGGGAUUGGAGGAGACCUUGGAUAGGCUUUGUUCUGAAGCGCAUCAUGCCAUUAAGCAGGGUUAUACAGUGCUAGUACUUUCUGACAGAGCGUUCUCAUCAAAGCGUGUAGCUGUGAGCUCCCUAUUGGCCGUUGGUGCUGUGCAUCAGCAUCUGGUUCAAAAGCUUGAGCGCACUCAGGUUGGGUUGAUUGUUGAAUCUGCUGAGCCACGUGAAGUGCACCAUUUCUGUACAUUGGUUGGAUUUGGUGCUGAUGCUAUAUGCCCAUAUUUGGCCAUAGAGGCUAUUUUGAGACUACAAGUUGACGGAAAGAUCCCACCUAAAGCAAGUGGUGAAUUCCACUCCAAGGAUGAGUUGGUCAAGAAGUACUUCAAAGCAAGCAACUAUGGGAUGAUGAAAGUUCUUGCCAAAAUGGGGAUAUCAACUUUGGCCUCUUACAAGGGGGCUCAGAUUUUUGAAGCUGUGGGUCUUUCAUCAGAAGUGAUCCAGAGGUGUUUUACAGGAACUCCAAGUAGAGUCGAGGGUGCAACAUUUGAAAUGCUUGCACAGGAUGCGCUUGAGUUGCAUGAGAUGGCAUUUCCCACCCGGGUUUUCCCUCCAGGAAGUGCAGAGGCUGUAGCGCUGCCCAAUCCUGGGGAUUAUCAUUGGAGAAAAGGUGGUGAGGUUCACCUGAAUGAUCCCCUUGCCAUAGCCAAGUUGCAAGAUGCUGCCAGAUCUAAUAGUGUGGCUGCCUACAAAGAAUACUCCAAGCGCAUACAGGAACUGAAUAAAACCUGUAAUUUGCGUGGACUUUUGAAGUUCAAAGAGGCAGAAGUGAAGGUUCCUUUGGAUGAAGUGGAACCAGCCAGUGAGAUUGUGAAACGAUUUUGUACUGGUGCCAUGAGUUAUGGAUCAAUAUCAUUAGAGGCACACACCACCCUGGCUAUUGCUAUGAACAGAAUUGGAGGGAAGUCAAAUACAGGUGAGGGAGGUGAGAAUCCAUCUCGUUUGGAGUCUCUCCCUGAUGGAUCAUUGAAUCCAAAAAGAAGUGCAAUUAAGCAGGUAGCCAGUGGGAGAUUCGGUGUUUCAAGUUAUUACCUUACUAAUGCUGAUGAACUGCAGAUAAAGAUGGCUCAGGGAGCAAAGCCUGGUGAAGGAGGUGAACUUCCGGGUCACAAGGUUAUUGGAGAUAUUGCAGUUACAAGGAAUUCCACUGCUGGGGUGGGAUUGAUCAGCCCACCUCCGCAUCAUGAUAUCUAUUCAAUUGAAGACCUUGCCCAAUUAAUUCACGAUCUUAAGAAUGCUAAUCCAUCCGCCCGAGUUAGUGUGAAGCUGGUAUCUGAAGCUGGUGUCGGAGUGAUUGCUAGUGGAGUUGUGAAGGGACAUGCUGACCAUGUCUUGAUCUCUGGUCAUGAUGGAGGUACAGGGGCUUCUCGAUGGACUGGGAUCAAGAAUGCUGGGCUGCCAUGGGAACUUGGCCUUGCUGAGACCCAUCAAACUUUAGUUGCUAAUGACCUUCGUGGACGCACGGUUCUCCAGACAGAUGGCCAGCUGAAAACUGGCAGAGAUGUAGCAAUUGCUGCCCUUCUUGGUGCAGAAGAAUUUGGUUUUAGCACUGCUCCCCUUAUCACACUUGGGUGCAUCAUGAUGCGAAAGUGUCACAAAAACACCUGCCCAGUUGGCAUUGCAACCCAAGAUCCAGUUCUUCGAGAGAAGUUUGCUGGAGAACCCGAACAUGUCAUUAACUUCUUCUUUAUGCUAGCAGAGGAGGUAAGGGAGAUUAUGUCUCAGCUUGGGUUUCGAACACUCAGUGAGAUGGUUGGCCGUGCAGACAUGCUUGAAGUUGAUAAAGAAGUGACUAAGAACAACGAGAAGGUGCAGAAUAUCGAUCUCUCACUACUACUGAGACCUGCUGCAGAUAUCCGGCCAGAAGCUGCCCAGUAUUGUGUACAGAAACAAGAUCAUGGAUUGGACAUGGCUUUGGACCAAAAACUCAUAGCUCUGUCCAAGGCAGCUUUAGAAAAAAGUCUUCCUGUAUAUAUUGAAACACCAAUCCGCAAUGUGAACCGUGCAGUUGGUACAAUGCUUAGCCAUGAAGUGACUAAGCGGUACCACAGUGCAGGGCUUCCAGCAGAGACUAUUCAUAUUAAACUCAGUGGAAGUGCGGGUCAAAGUCUUGGAGCUUUUCUAUGUCCUGGCAUCAUGCUGGAGCUUGAAGGAGACAGCAAUGAUUAUGUUGGGAAAGGAUUAUCAGGUGGCAAGAUUGUAGUUUAUCCUCCAAGACAAAGCAAGUUUGAUCCGAAGGAAAACAUUGUAAUUGGUAAUGUGGCUCUCUAUGGGGCAACAAGUGGUGAAGCAUAUUUCAAUGGGAUGGCAGCAGAAAGAUUCUGCGUCCGGAAUUCAGGGGCAAGAGCAGUUGUAGAAGGUGUCGGUGAUCAUGGUUGUGAAUACAUGACUGGUGGGACUGUUGUUGUGCUUGGAAAAACUGGGAGGAAUUUUGCUGCAGGUAUGAGCGGUGGCAUUGCUUAUGUUUUUGAUGUGGAUGAGAAGUUCAGUUCUCGGUGCAACCCUGAGCUGGUAGAUCUUGACAAAGUUGAAAAAGAGGAGGAUAUUAUGACUCUUAGAAUGAUGAUACAACAACAUCAGCGUCAUACAAACAGCCAGUUAGCAAAAGAAAUACUUGCUGACUUUGACAAUCUUCUACCUAAAUUUAUCAAGGUCUUCCCCAGGGAUUAUAAACGGGUUAUUGAAAGCAUGAAACAAGAGGAGGCUUCCAAAAAGGCAUUGGAGCAGGACACUCAGGAGGCUGAGGAUCAAGACGAGAAAGAAUUAAUGGAGAAAGAUGCUUUUGAAGAACUUAAGAAGCUGGCAGCUGCAUCACUGAAUGGGAAAAACAGUCAGAAGGUGGAAGAGGCUGAACCAGAUAAGAGGCCUACUAGAGUAGCCAAUGCUGUCAAACAUCGAGGUUUCAUUGCCUAUAAGCGUGAGGGAAUUUCAUACAGAGAUCCAAAUAGCAGAAUGAAUGACUGGAAGGAGGUUAUGGUGGAAACGAAACCUGGCCCACUUCUAAAGACCCAGUCGGCCCGUUGUAUGGACUGUGGUACUCCUUUCUGCCACCAGGAGAACUCUGGAUGUCCUCUUGGAAACAAAAUACCCGAAUUCAAUGAAUUGGUGCACCAAAAUCGGUGGCGUGAAGCAUUAGAUCGGCUCCUAGAGACAAAUAACUUCCCAGAGUUUACAGGAAGGGUAUGUCCUGCCCCUUGUGAAGGUUCUUGCGUUCUUGGUAUUAUCGAAAAUCCAGUAUCCAUCAAAAGCAUUGAAUGCUCCAUCAUAGACAAGGCCUUUGAGGAGGGCUGGAUGGUGCCGCGGCCUCCCCCCAAGAGAACUGGGAAGAGAGUUGCGAUUGUUGGAAGUGGACCAGCCGGGUUGGCUGCUGCUGAUCAGCUAAACAGAAUGGGCCAUUUUGUGACAGUGUUUGAGCGUGCUGACCGAAUUGGAGGUCUUAUGAUGUAUGGUGUUCCCAACAUGAAGGCUGACAAAGUGGAUGUAGUUCAACGGCGCGUUAACCUUAUGGCUGAGGAAGGUGUCAAUUUUGUUGUGAAUGCUAGUGUUGGAACAGAUCCAUCAUACUCUCUUGACCGGCUCCGGGAGGAGAACGAUGCCAUUGUUUUGGCUGUAGGAGCCACAAAACCAAGGGACCUUCCUGUUCCGGGGCGGGAGUUAUCAGGAAUCCAUUUUGCUAUGAAAUUUCUACAUGCAAACACGAAAAGCUUGCUUGACAGCAACCUUGAGGAUGGUAACUACAUUUCUGCCAAGGGCAAGAAGGUAGUGGUGAUUGGUGGAGGUGACACUGGCACAGACUGCAUAGGGACAUCCAUCCGCCAUGGUUGCAGUAGCGUUGUGAAUCUAGAGCUUCUCCCUCAGCCACCACAGACCCGGGCUCCCGGCAACCCAUGGCCACAGUGGCCUCGCAUAUUCCGUGUGGACUAUGGACACCAGGAAGCUGCUGCCAAGUUCGGAAAAGACCCAAGGUCCUAUGAAGUAUUGACCAAGCGGUUUAUUGGAGAUGAGAACGGGGUCUUGAAAGGGCUUGAAGUGAUUCGUGUCCAAUGGGAGAAGGAUGCCAGUGGAAAGUUUCAGUUCAAGGAAGUUGAGGGCAGCCAGGAGGUGAUUGAGGCUGACCUCGUUCUGCUAGCCAUGGGAUUCCUUGGCCCUGAGGUGACAGUAGCAGAGAAGCUGGGGUUGGAGCGAGACAACCGAUCAAACUUAAAGGCAGAUUAUGGCCGCUUUGCAACCAGCGUGGAAGGGGUCUUUGCAGCAGGGGACUGCCGGCGUGGCCAGUCUCUAGUGGUCUGGGCCAUCUCAGAGGGCCGGCAGGCUGCUUCACAGGUGGACAAGUUCCUCAUGCGAGAAGACGAACACCUUACCAACAAUUGGCAAGACGACAACAUCAAGAGGCAACAAAAAAGCAUCAAACACACAGUAAUGACAUAGGGUAACCUUAGUCCAUCAAAACGUUGGGGUCGAAAGCCAAAGCAAAAAUGACAAUUCUUACACGCAUAUCGUUCGCGAAAUUGAUAGCAAUGCUCCAUUCCCAGUCGUGAAACCACAUAAGGAAUUGAAGGAGUUGGAAGAAGCUAAGGAGAAACAAGCUGGGCUACUUCUGGGCUAUGGGGUAGGGUUUUAGGAAUUGUCUUGUGUUUAUUUUUAAAGUAUCAUCUUUCUGUCUAUAGGGCUUCUCACCCCUUCUUUUGUUGUCCUCAAGGUCAGCUCUUUGGUGGUUGGUUGAAAAGGAAGAAUAAUGUACAGUUUUGUAUCUGAAUAUUUUCAUUUGAAAAGCUAUAAAAAUGAGGAUUUGUUGCUUAUAAAAA